AUGGGGUACAUGGUUGCUCAAAAAGGUGGAUGUAAUGAUGUUGGUUUUACAAAGAAAGAUUUGUACAAUUAUUUUGAUAAAAAAAUGUGUGAUGUUAUUAAAGAUGGUGAUGUUGUUGCUGCUUUAGAUUAUCUAAAAGUGAAAUCAUCUACGAAUUCUAUGCUAUAUACAGAAUAUUCUAUUAAUAGUGAUGGAAGAUUGGAGUUGCUUUUUGGGGAAGGCGGCAGUAGUAGAUCAGACUAUUUAUGUUUUGGCAAUGCUCUUGUGUUUGACACAACUUACAAGAAUAACAAAUACAAUUAUUUGUUGGUUAUAUUUUCUGGUUGCAACCACCACUCACAUACUGUUAUAUUUGGUGCUGCAUUGGUGUCAGAUGAAACGAUAGAGACGCAUAAGUGGUUGUUGAGGUGUUUCUUAUGA